AAAUGGAAUCAAGAAACACCUCCAAGAACCUGACCAAAGUCCAGAGCAGAAUGGUUGGCCUUCUUGUUCUUCUUCUUGUUGCCUGUGCAGCAAUACUUGUGGCAUUCUCAUUGCUGAGUUUCCAUUCAAGAAACCAUCACAGUUGUCGUCGUCGUCGUCCUAAUCAACAAUCGGACAGAACUCUGCAAACGUUUGUUAGAAAGGUCUGCGCCGAGACCCUCUAUCCGUCUCUGUGUUUUUCAACUCUAUCCUCCAUGCGGCCUUCAGAUUACAGCAGCCAUGGCCUAUUCAUCCAGAUUCUUGAGUUCUUGAUCAACCAAACUGCCGAUCGGGUGGAGAGAGCCCGAACAAGCCUCGUAUCUCAUUUCUCGGGUAUAGAGCUGAACACCCCGGAAAAGAAUGCUCUCCAAGAUUGCAUGGAACUGCUCGAUCAGACGAGGUAUGAACUUAACGAAACCAUCCACGAGUUGGGCAUGAAUCACGGGUACGGUAGUGUCAAGACACUUCUCAGCGCAGCGAUGACGAAUGAAAACACCUGCAUCAACGGGUUUCUGGACUUGGAACAGCUCUAUCCGGAUCCACAUUCGAAGGGCCGUGUCGAACAUAUCCAGAGCCUGCUGAUUCCGGUUUCUCAGAUGAUCAGCAAUAGCUUGGCCAUCACAAGGCACGUGGAGGGCCCAAAGAGCAAACAACAACAAAUCCUCAAGAAAACCAAGGAUCUUGUCAAGAUCACAACCGGAAAGUACAAGAAUCCGAGACCACAUGUGACGGUAGCCUCUGAUGGGAGCGGAGACUACAAAACCAUAGGCGAGGCCAUUGCAAGGGCGCCAUAUAUGGGCCCCAAAACUCAUCGAAUCAAGAUCAAGGCAGGAGUUUAUCAUGAGCAUGUCGUGAUCUCGAGAGAUAAGACCAACAUUAUGCUGAUUGGGGAUGACAUGAACUCGACAAUCAUCACCGGGUCGAGAAACUUUGCAGAUGGAUACUCCACCUUCGAAUCAGCCACAUUAACUGUGGAAGGAGACAAAUUCUUGGCCAGAGACUUAACCAUACAAAACACAGCGACUCCGGAGAAGCACCAAGCAGUGGCUCUACGAGUAACAUCCAAUGCGGCAUUCUACCGUUGCAGGAUCAUUUCCUAUCAAGACACACUGUAUGCCCAUUCAUUGCGCCAGCUGUACCGCGACUGCUCCAUCCAGGGAACCAUCGACUUCAUCUUUGGGAACGCGGCAGCAGUCUUCCAGAACUGUAGGAUACUCGUGCGCCAACCUAUCCCUGGCCAGAGGAACAUGAUCACAGCUCAAGGGAGAGAGGAUCCUAAUCAGAAUACAGGGAUAAUCUUGCAGAGUUGCACCAUAGAGGCAGCCACAGAAUUCAUUCCCUCUAAGAGAAGAAGCUUUUCGACUUACCUGGGCAGGCCGUGGAGGAAUUACUCGAGGACAAUUGUUGUUAAUAGCUAUUUGGGAGACCUGAUACACCCCCGGGGAUGGUUUGCGUGGAAUGAGCACAGCAAUUUGGAUAUGGUGGAGUACAUUGAGUGUGGGAAUUCCGGACCUGGCGCAGAUACCAAGCGGAGGAUUUCAUGGGCCGGGUACAGAAAGAACUGCAGUGAAGACAUAGUUACACAGUUCAGUGUAGAAGAGUUCCUACAUGUGGCAGGUGGCUGGUUUGAAUCAACUGUUUUCCCACUUUUCAGCAGUUAGUAGAAAGAAACACCAAGAGGGAACAUGUCAUGGUUUCUACAAGAAGUACAUACAAUAUUACGCCAAUUAAAGAGAGAAAUAGAGAGAGAAAGAGUAAUUUGGCAACUCUUUCAUAAUUUGAGCCCAAGCCCUGUCAAGUGCCAACAUAAGCACAAGUUAAGACUAUUCUACUGCUGAUCCUUAAGGAUAAGUUUGGAGUCCACAUUACAAGAUCCAAACAUAUUAAACUGCCUAAAGUGACG